AUGAGACUUUCCUUUUUCUCACUUCAUCACCCUCUCCCUCUCCCUUCCCACUACCAUUACCAUUACCCUUACCCCAUCAAUUUUAACCAUUCUUCUUCACAUACCCUUUUAACUCUCUCCUCCUCCACCAGCACAACCCACACUGGGUCUCGCAUGGACGGCGCCUCCUCCUCCUCCUUCCAGCGCCACCGCCGGAAAGACAAGGUGGUCGUCAUCGUUGGCGCCACAGGCUCCGGAAAAUCACGCCUUUCCGUCGAACUCGCCACCUUAUUCCCUUUCUCAGAAAUCAUCAACUCCGAUAAAAUGCAAGUCUACAGAGGCCUCGACAUCACCACCAACAAGAUUCCACUCCACCAACGCAACGGCGUCCCCCACCACCUUAUCGGCAAUGUCGACCCUUCUCACGGCGAGUUUUCCCCCUCGGACUUUCGCUGCCACGCCGGCGAAGUCAUCUCCGACAUCACCUCCAGGAGGAAGCUCCCCAUCGUGGUUGGCGGAUCCAACUCGUUCAUUCACGCUCUUCUGGUGGAACGAUUCGACCCCGAGUUGAACGUGUUUAACGAUGAGUCGUCGCUUUCUAUAUCCUCCGAGUUGAGGUACAAGUGUUGCUUCCUCUGGUUGGACAUAUCAUUUCCUGUGUUAUCGGAUUACUUGUUGAAGCGAGUCGACGACAUGCUUGACUCGGGGAUGGUGGACGAGUUGGCUGAGUUCUUCGACCCGAACGCGACGAACAACCAAACCGGGUUGAGGAAAGCCAUCGGGGUGCCUGAGUUCGACCGGUUUUUUAAAAAGUACCCACCGGGACCCAGGGAAGAAGAGGGCGAUGAGGAUCGGGUGCGGAAGGGUGCAUACGAGGAAGCAGUGAGGGCGAUAAAGGAGAACACGUGUCAGCUGGCGAAGAGGCAGAUAGGGAAGAUCCUGCUGCUAAAACGGGCAGGGUGGGACCUACGUAGGAUUGACGCCACGGAGGCGUUUCGGGCGGCGCUGAAGUCAGGGUGUAACGGCAGCGGAGACGGUUUCCCGGAUAUAUGGAAGAGGCAGGUUUUGGAACCAAGCGCGAAGAUUGUGAAGCGGUUCUUGAUGGAGUAG